AACGCGCAGAGGAACAAGAGACGCGCAGUUGCUGCUGUACCUUGAACUCUUUCCACGGGAUGACUUUUACAUUUUUGUCAAAAAACUGUUUUCUCCUAGUCCUGUGUACUACCGCAGCAGUGGUGGCCACUGUCCCUGAACCCAAAAAUGUAAGGGCGACCUCCAUCAACUUCGGUAUGGUCCUGGAGUGGGAAGCCCCCCGGGACGCACCUGGCAAUCUCACCUACAGUGUGGAAUUCUGGAGUUAUAGCUCUGGUUUCAUACCUUGGUGUUCGAACAUACACGAAACCAGAUGUGACUUCAGUAAGAACCUGAGUGUCUUUGGAGUACACAAGUUCCGAGUGAGGGCAGAGCUACAAGAAGAGACUUCCCCAUGGGUGGAGACUCCUGAAUUCUCCAUAGAUAAACACACUCAGAUUGGAGCUCCCACUGUAAAGCUGAUCUCUAAGGAGGGAGACAUAGAGGUAGAAAUCCAAGACCCUGACAUGAGGAAUCAGGAACUCCGUAACGUCUACAGCAGAGUGUCCUACAACAUCAGAUACUGGAAAGAGGAUGAAGCAGAUAAGUUCUCUAUGCUGAAUGACCAGCUGCAGAACAGGGUAGUGCUGCUCCAGCUAGAGCCCUGGACGAGGUACUGUGUGCAGGCUCAGGUCUACAUCCUGUACUCAGAGAAGAGAGGAGAAUUCAGCAAAGCAGUGUGUGAGACCAGCACCACAGACGGGAAGGUGAAGCCGUGGGUGACGGCACUGGUCAUGCUGGGCAGUAUGGUGGUGGUGAUGGGGACGGUGAUGGUGAUUUUCUUCGCUGCCUUGUACGGCUACAAAGCAAUCAAGUUCCUCUACCCCUCCGUGAAACUGCCUGAGCACUUCAAACAGUACCUGAUUGAGCCUCCCCAUUCCUACAUCUUCCUGGCCAUGCAGAACAGCCCCCAGCCAGAGGAGCAGUGUCAUGAGGUCUUCAUCGUGUCAGAAGCGACAGAGAGCUCAGCAACAAAGGAAGGAACCCCUCUAUAGCCCUGACAGCUACUGUGUAGAGAGAGAGACUCAAGGCUGAAAAGGAGGGAGACAGGGACUGGAGUGGAAUGAGGAGAAACAGACCAGAGAGGGGCGGCCUUAAAGUGUGUUGGGUAGGGCUGAAAUGGAUGGGGGCGGGGCUGAAACGAAGAGAGGCAGGGCUCAAAGGGAGAGCAGCAGGAAUGAGGAAUGAGGAGAGGAAGGAGGGGUAGGGGUAUGUGGUAAAGCAUUAGGACAGCCUUACCUUUACCAGCCUGCAAAAUACACAAAUGGACUUCACUGUUUUGAACUGUACAGAUAUAUGCACUGUCUGUAUAACUGCAUUGGAAAAGCACCUGGAUGCUGUUUACAAGAUAGUGUGUGUGUGUGUGUGUGUAUGUGUGUAUGUGCGUGUGUGUGUGUGUGUGUGUGUGUGUGUGUGUCUAUGUGUGUGUUUAUGUAUUCCUCUCCCAGCUGUUCAGCUGGAUGUUCUUAUUAUUAUUAGAAUUAAACGUGGAAUUGAUUGACUUUUGUUGCUGGUUACUGCAACACUCAACCAAACCUCACUGCCUUGAUUCUGUCCUGAUGUCUUUAGGUUAUGGGUUCUUCAUUAUUUUGUCCAAAUACAAAACCCACACGGUACCUCUUUCCACCCUGUGGUUUCCUCUUCCAUUGCCAACCUGAAUGACAUGUCUACUCUGUCUUGGGCUGGCCCCACCCCUCCUUGGCCCUCUUCCUAUCACCUGGGCCAAAACACUUUAAUCGACAGGCAGACAAACUGGACCCUUGCAAUGGGUGUCACAAUGGGUGUUAAUUACAUUACAUUCAUUUAACAUAGUGUAAGUGUAAUGUGACGACACACUGCACUGGUGCACUGGGACACCAUGUCUGCACUAACACAGAUGGGCUAAAGAUCAGUCAGAGUAACCCAGGUAAAAACAUCCAUUGAUGUAGAAGCCCUGUCAGAGUGUCCCAGCCAUGUGUUUCUCUGAACCCAUGGCCCUGAUGGGACACCAAAAGGGGUAUAGGUAGUACACACAGGUGUGCUUUAUGCAAAGUGGUUUUCCUAAUACUGUUGAACAGAGUAGAAUGAACACCCAUUCAGAAUGAGGAAACCGGUGUGUCGGUGCUGCUGUCAUUCCAGGACGUGCAUCAUGUUCUUGUAGUUAACUAAGAUAUGUCCACCAUAAUACAAGGAAGUGCUGAGGGAUGUUUUUGUAAGGAAAAUGCAAAACCUGCUUCAGUGUUCUUGGAUGGUCACCUAAUACAGUCAAAACUAACUCAAUUAUCAAGGGGGGUUAGAGACAAAGGGAAUUGAUUGGCAUGCCUUAACAAUUGUUAAGGCAUGCCAAUCAUAACAAUGACCAUUUGGUUGCCUUCCACACCACACCCUUUGUUCCUGUAUGAGGUGCGAUACCCCUGUCCGUUAUCAUGAGCAGGAUGAAGGAGGAGACUCUGUGGAGCCUCGAAAACCUUACACAUGUAAAUGUGCAUUUGUUUCUCUGCCACCCAAUCAGGGACAGGAACCUGCUUGUUAUUUCAGCAUUCUGUUUCAGGUUUGGGUAUAAAAGCUUGCACCCAAACAACAUCAUUUUGUAAUUGA